UUCUGCAUGUGAUUAUUUUUUCAAGGGACAUAUGUGCGACACCGCAUCGAAAUUGGACAUGUGUUUGACAUAUUCGAUUUGGAAAUCACUUCAAUGUUUCCGUCUACUGUAAACCAUGCGGCAACUUUGUAGCGGCGCUCUGUCCCCUCUCGACAACAGGUGGAUUCUGACCAGGCCAAUCCAGACCUGGAAGUAACCCGUCUUAACGUCGCUUUCUCCGCCCCGUUACCAUAGCAAGCCCAGCGAGGGUGAGACUGGGAAACAAGUUGCCAAGGUGUGGAUGGAUUUCCGAAAAAGCCGUGGAACAUUGCCGAUCAACUUUACUAGGCAAAUGUGUGUCUGCUUUGACAAAGUGACUCAUAGAAACACCGUGCAAGAACAGCCUAUCGCUGACUUUGUCGCGUUGUGGGUUCAGUAUCGAUCUCGCUUCGACAACUUUUGAGUUUCGAACGGAAACAUUAAUACAGUUUUUAAGACUGUAAAUGCCACCAUUUCUGGAUUAUAAUGCCUACGAGUAACGGAUCAGUGAUGGACUUGCACACGGAAUACGUGAAAAUUAAAGCGCAUUACGCCGGGGACAUGCUGAUCUCUGAUCUGGAGGCCAGUCUGACGUACCCUGAGCUGUGUGACGAGGUCCGAGAGAUCUGCAGUCUGCAUCAGCAGCAGCCCAUCACACUCAAGUGGAUCGAUGAUGAAGGUGAUCCGUGCACCAUCUCGUCCCAGAUGGAGCUGGAGGAGGCGAUUCGUCUGUAUGGUCGCAACAGGAGGUCUGGCCUCCUCCUCCAUGUCUUCCCCAGUAUCCCAGAGAAGCCAGGCAUGCCUUGUCCAGGAGAGGACAAAUCCAUUUAUCGGCGCGGGGCCAGAAGAUGGCGCAAACUCUACCGCGUCAACGGACAUCUCUUCCAGGCCAAGCGCUUUAACAGGAAAGCGUACUGUGGCCACUGCAGUGAAAGGAUAUGGGGCCUGGGGAGGCAGGGCUACAAGUGUAUCAACUGCAAACUGCUGGUUCAUAAGCGCUGUCACAAACUCGUCCCUCUGACCUGUCAAAGGCAUAUGGAUCCAGUCAUGCCCUCCCAGGAACCCGUGGCUGACGAGCGGAGUGAGGAAAUAGGGCGCCCCCCAGAGGACUCGGAGGACACAGACGGAAUCUUCUUGCCACACAACCGAAAAGUGGACCAGACUGAAGACGACUCAGAGGAGCUGAAGGCAGUGGUAGAUGGCAUUGACGGAGUGAAGAUCUCAGAGGGUCUGGGUCUGGGAGACUUCGACCUGAUCCGGGUCAUCGGACGCGGCUCCUACGCCAAAGUGCUGCUCGUCCGCCUCAAGAAGAAUGACCAAAUCUACGCCAUGAAGGUGGUCAAGAAGGAGCUGGUCCAUGAUGACGAGGACAUAGAUUGGGUGCAGACGGAGAAGCAUGUGUUUAAGCAGGCCUCCACCAACCCCUUCCUGGUCGGGCUUCACUCCUGCUUUCAGACAGAGAGCCGGCUAUUCUUGGUGAUAGAAUAUGUUAAUGGAGGAGACCUCAUGUUUCAUAUGCAGCGGCAGAGGAAACUUCCAGAAGAACACGCAAGGUUCUAUGCUGCUGAGAUCUGCAUCGCCCUCAACUUCCUGCAUGAGAAGGGCAUCAUCUAUAGGGACCUGAAGCUGGACAACGUCCUUCUGGACCAUGAAGGACACAUCAAGCUCACAGACUACGGCAUGUGCAAGGAGGGGAUCCGACCUGGAGACACCACCAGCACUUUUUGUGGAACCCCCAACUACAUCGCCCCAGAGAUCCUGAGAGGAGAGGACUAUGGCUUCAGUGUGGACUGGUGGGCUCUAGGGGUGUUGAUGUUUGAAAUGAUGGCUGGCAGGUCUCCGUUCGACAUCAUCACUGACAAUCCAGACAUGAACACAGAGGAGUAUCUCUUCCAAGUUAUUCUGGAGAAACCUAUUCGGAUCCCAAGAUCCUUGUCAGUUAAGGCUGCAAGCGUUCUGAAAGGCUUUUUAAAUAAGGACCCAAAGGAGCGGCUGGGUUGCCAGGUGCAGACGGGAUUCACCGACAUCAAGUCGCACACGUUUUUCCGCAGCAUCGACUGGGAGCAGCUGGAGAAGAAGGACAUGACUCCGCCCUUCAAGCCUCAGAUCACAGAUGACUACGGCCUGGACAACUUCGACACGCAGUUCACCAACGAACCUGUGCAGCUCACACCAGACGACCCGGAUGUGAUCAAGAGGAUAGACCAGUCUGAAUUUGAGGGUUUUGAGUACAUCAAUCCCCUGCUGCUGUCUACAGAAGAGACUGUAUGAGGGUUCUCCCUCUCUCUAACACACACACAUGUACACACACACACGUGCACACACACACACACACACACACACACACACACACAGAUGCAUACACAGAGGACCUCAGCAGCAUUCAGACGCACUAACUCUAACUUUGGGACGGGAGACAGAGGAUGGGAAGAGGACAGCAUGCAGCUGGAGGAAGACGUGAGACACGAGACGAGACGAGACG